GUUUACCUUCCAUUCCAACCAAUAAAUGUAAGGAUGGGAACCUGUCUCUUUUCUUACUCCUCCCAAUUGUUCGACAACCCGCGACUGCUGCUUUCUCCUGCCCUCAGUGAGUUCACGACUUUCACGAUUUCUUUGUGGAGAACGACAAGUGCUGCCUCAAGCAAAUAAUCAUGGUCCGAGCCAAGACGUGGAUCCUUACCAAGCACUUUGACGGCUUCCCGAAGGACAGCGACUUUGAGCUUAAGGUGGAGGAGCUUUCUGCACCCAAAGAUGGGGAGGUGCUUUUGGAAGCAGUGUUUCUCAGUGUCGACCCAUACAUGAGGCCAUUCAGUAGGGUUCGCAUGAAUGAAGGCGAUGUGAUGAUUGGAACUCAAGUGGCCAAAGUGAUUCAAAGUCAUAACCCAGCAUUUCCUGUGGGAAGCCAUGUUGUUGGUCGUUGUGGCUGGAGAACCCACACGGUCUGUGACGGCAAAGACCUCGUUCCAGUCAUGCCUGACUGGCCGCAAGACGUCUCGCUGUCCCUGGCUCUGGGUGGCAUCGGCAUGCCAGGACUGACGGCCCUGUACGGGAUAGAAGAAGUCUUGGGACUCCAGAAGGGUGAGACCCUGCUGGUGAAUGCUGCAGCCGGGGCAGUGGGCUCCGUGGUGGGCCAGAUUGCAAAGAUCAAGGGCUGCAAGGUGGUGGGUUCAGCAGGGUCCGAUGCCAAGGUGGCUUUCCUCAAAGAACUGGGCUUCGAUGAGGCCUUCAACUACAAGACUGUUGGUUCCCUGGAGGAGGCACUGAAGAAGGCUUCUCCAGAAGGAUACGACUGUUUCUUUGAAAAUGUGGGAGGCCAAUUUUCAAGCGUUGCAAUACAUCAAAUGAAGAACUUGGGAAGGAUAGCUGUGUGUGGAGCUAUCUCCACGUAUAAUGACACCACUCCCCAAAUAGGCCCAUACCCCCACCUGACCAUGAUCUUCAAGCAGCUUAAGAUGGAGGGCUUCAUGCAGACCAGGUGGGCGCACAAGCACCCUGAGUCCCUUAAGAGGCUGAUGGGAUGGUUAAAAGAGGGCAAACUGCAGUGUCGGGAGCACAUCACAAAAGGCUUUGAAAAGAUGCCCGCUGCUUUUAUGGGGAUACUGCAGGGAGAAAACGUCGGCAAGGCCAUUGUCGCGGUCUGAUGUGGAAAUCGAGAUCUAUGGAGAAGAAUCAGUUUUAUUAAUACUUGACACAUUAUUACAGAAUUCAUGCAUGGAAGACUGAGAAAUAGACAGCAGCCAUUUUUUUUUAAUUCUUCAUAUUAAUGGAU